AAUAUCACUACAGCUGUAAGUAUGGGCAACAUCGCUCUUUGUUAUAUUGAGGUAUGAUGUCGUGUGUGCGCAGAAGCCAUUCAAAUGAAUACACAAUUAAAUGUUUUCAGCAAAAUGGCUGACACUUGUUGGUAUAGUGAGAAUCUACGAAAUAGAAUUUUAUUAAUCCUCUUUGAUUAAGUGUGAACCGAAAGUACCAUGUUGUGAUUUGUGGAUAAGUGAAUCAAGUGCCGUUUCCGGAACCUCCGAGUUUCGAAGACAAAAGUGAUAGAAGUAAUGUUAAAUACUUUUUACUUGGGAACUCCACAAAGUUUUUGUUUUUCUUUGGAAUCUAACAGUGUUUGUUAUAUGUGCUAUUCGAUUCCUUGAUAUUAUGGAUAAUAAUACAGCUAUAUUGAUGGCAGAAAGGUCAGCUUCCAACACACUCAAUAAUGGUUCCCCUCGAAGAAUGGGAUCACAGUCGCCAGGGACUACCAGGCCAUUGUCAGUUGAUGCCCAAAUAGUUCAACUGGUAGUCCAUCGAGAUGAGAAAGGGUAUGGGAUGAAAGUAUCCGGUGACAAUCCAGUGUAUGUACAGAGUGUUAAAGAAGGUGGUCCAGCAGAGAAGGCUGGUUUACACGCGGGGGAUAAAAUUCUAAAGGUAAACGGAAUAACCGUUGUAACGUUCACACAUACCGACGUAGUGGAUUUGAUAAAAUCUUCAUCUGAAGUGUUGCUAACUGUGCAACAGAGAACUAACAGAUCGAUAAUGGCUUCCUUAGCGGGGGCUCAUGGUCGGCCGUUGACAGCUCACGCUUCCACAACCAUAACAAAUCCACAACCAGUAGAUAACAUUAUACAAAUGCAAUUGCAAGCAGAAAAAGAACAACAUUAUCGACUCAUGAUCGAAAAAGAACAGAGGUACAUCGAUGUUCUGAGAAGCCAGUUGGCGACAUCGCCUGACGAAAAAAAGUUCUUGGAACUCACCAAAACCGAAAAGAAUCUUCAAACUUUGCAAUCAAUGUUGCAGAGAAAUCAAACUGAGCUGCCACACUGUGAUUCUGCCUCCUCUCCCAUUUCUCCCGAAACUGGGGCCUUGCCAAACGGUAACUCGGAGCCUCCGCCGUUGCCGAAGAGGACGAUCAGAGUGUUUGGCAACAGUACAAUUAACAAUCGCAGUAACACUUACCCCCUACCCUCCCAUCCCAACAAAAUGCUCAAUUCGAACGAAGUCCAAGUGGAUAAUCCCAUAUAUUAUCCACCCCCUGAUGGACCCCCUCCACCUUUACCACCAAGACGAAGUUCCAUCCCUUCCUCGCCCCAAACCCCUCCUGGCGAUGUUUCCAAUUCAAUAAACAAACAAAUGUCAUAUCCUCUUGUGGCUACUUGCGCAACUCUGGUUAAUAAUUAUCUUCAAAGCAAUACCAGUCAUCAACGUACGAAAUCUAGUCCAGAGUCACUCCUCAAUCUCAGUCCCUUGUGUGAGACGUCUGGAAGACUGAAAAGUUCAGAAAGUGUGAAUGAUAUAAGUAAACAAGAGUCGUGGGAUCCGCCAGAGGCUCCUCCAGGUACACCACCUCCUCCUUAUCCUUCUCCGAGGAUGGGGAGGAAGGAUGCACCGGAUAAUGGUGAUACGAAUAAUGGAGAGGAUGGUUCUAACAAUUGUUCGGAAACGGAUUCUAACCCAAUGAGAAAUAGAUUAGUUGAUAAUGCUGUGAUCCACGCUGCUACAUCUCAAGUGGUACAACAGCCAAUCAUGAGCAUGGAAGAUGAUGAGAUUUCAGAUCAAGAAAUGGAACAGUCAGAGGAACAUAGCCCGUUCAAAUCACUUACACGCCUUUGGGAGAAUCCACCACAUCUUGCUGUAUUUACCAACUACAUCUUAUCGAAUUCGGAUCCUAAUAGUUUAUUUUUCUAUUUAAUAACAGAUUUAUACAAAGAAGGAAAUGCCAAGGAAAUGAAGAAGUGGGCAUUUGAAAUACACUCCACCUUCCUUGUUCCUGGAGCACCUCUUCGACUUGGUAAUUGCAACGAAAACGUCGCACGCGAGAUUGACGAUGUCCUUAUGAAAGACAAAAAGGAAGAAGAAAUUCUCCGAAAAAUAUUCUGGAAGGCGAGAGCUAGAGCCAAAGAAGAACUGAGCAGACAGUUGGUCGAUUUCAAACAAAAAAGAAUUGCAGGAUUAGGAACAAUCUAUGGUCCUGGUGAUGCAGCACUUUCAGAGUUGUAUCAUGAUAAGUCAAAGGAGUUGAGGCUGUAUGAAUCGCUGUUCAUAGAGAAACUGGAACCUUAUCUAGUUGAGGUGGAUAAAGAUAAUUAUGAUCCAAAAAAAUUUUAUUCGGCAGCUGCUUUGACCACAAUUCUGCAGAGGACCUUUGGCUUGCGAUUGUCUCUCCCAUUGAUCGAGAGAUGUCCUGUAUUUGUCAACAAGGAAAAAUCUUUCAAGAAUAAGUUUUUACCUGGACGCAUUUCCAGGAAGCUCAGUAUUCAAGGACAUCAGUUCAUAGCUCAACAAUACUACACAGUGAUAUUGUGUAAUAACUGCCAUCAGAUUAUCUAUGGUAUCGGACCUCAGGGAUAUCGUUGUAACGACUGUAGUAUUAAUCUCCAUCGUCAGUGCAUCAAUUUGUAUGACGAUUCCUGUCCCGGACCCUUCAAUAAGAAGGAUCGUGGAAUUGGGAAAAUUCUUAGGAUACGACCACACGAGUCGGAUCAUAGACGAAAAGCUAGUGCUACUAAUAACUUCUUACACAUGGAGCGGGAUAGGAGGCAAAUGGAGGAUAAAGACUCUGAGGGCAAUGAUAUCGGAGAAUCAAAACCAAGUCAGCCAGUUUCAAGGAGCGGCUCGGACAGAAGGCCCGAUUGUGUGAGAGAGGAAAGCGGUGCAGGAAAGAACCAUGAUGGUCCAGCAGGGGGAGCCUCACCCGACUCUACUCAGGACAAAAAUGACGAGAUUCCUAUUGAAAGUUCUGUCAGCCUUCCAUCGAGUGGAAAUAAGAAGAGAACUGCAAGCAACAUAAACAGGUCUGAAAGUGUAAAGGAACAAUCGGAAAAGCAACGAAAACAAAGGAGAAAUAUCAGUGAUCCCUCACAGAAUACUAGCAGUAAUCAUCACACCGAACAGAGUGGUUUGUCAAAUACAACAGAUUCUGGUAGUUCUUCCAAUUCCAACUCCAGCAUAUCAUACAAUGGCCGUUUAUCGGAAAGUCCUAGCAAUCCAACCUCACGUGAAAACAAGUCGGACGGUGACAGCGACAUGGACGCCGAUUCUGAUCACAUCAACUGGCAGGACCUGAUCAGUACUGAACAGUUGAAUAAUCUGCCACCCCACGAAAAAAAGCGACAAGAUGUGAUAAACGAAUUAUUCUAUACAGAGAAGUCCCACAUGCGGAGCCUAAACGUACUCCACAAGAUCUUCUACAAACCUCUACAGAAAUCUCAAGUGUUGAAACCCGAUGAACUCUCUCUCAUUUUUCCCAACAUCAAAGAACUACUACAAAUCCAUCGGCAGUUCCACCACGAGAUGACUAAAAAAAGAAGGGAAGAUCCAAUAGUGAGGAAUUUGGGAGAUUUGCUAUUGAACAUGUUCUCCGGUAAUACCGGAGAAGCUUUCAAAGAAGCAGCUGCUAAAUUCUGCGAAAGGCAACAGUUGGCGCUUGAACUCAUCAAAGAAAGGAGGAAACGAGACUCGAAAUUCGAUAGCAUACUGACGGAAGGCGAGAAAAAAAGACAGUGUCGGAGGUUACAGUUCCAAGCUAUUCUUCCUGUGGAAAUGCAAAGGCUAUCCAAAUUACCUCUUCUGUUAGAACGACUAAUAGGCGCUUUGCAAGAAGGUAAUGGUAAUGAAGAAGAACUCAAUAAGUUGAACAGAGCCUACACUCACUCGAAGGAAAUAGUAAACCAUGUGAAUGAAGCAGCCAAAAUGGCCUUAAAUCAAGCUCGUCUGGUAGAUAUUCAAAGGAGUUUGGACCAAAGUAAUUUUGAAAGAUCGAAUGAUCCGAUUAGUCAAGAAUUCCGACCUCUAGAUCUCACCAAAUAUAAGUUGGUAAGAGAGGGCCCUAUGCACCUGCGAAGACCGAACAAGAGUACAGUGUUGGUACACGUCCUGUUGAUGGAAGAGGUCGUCGUCAUAUUGCACAAAGAGGGCGACAAAUAUGUCCUGAAAAAUUUCCAAUCUGGUACAUCUGGUCAAACCAAUCCCUUGUCUCCCAUCAUCAAAAUUUCGACGUUGUUGGUGCGGAUAAAUGCAGUGUGUAAAAAUGCCUUGUUCCUCGUUAAUACUUCCACAAUGAAUAGCCAAAUGUAUGACUUGAGAGCCGAAGAUGAUGCCAAAAGAGACGUAUGGUUUAAACAUUUCUCAGAUGUCACUGAUGCCCACAAUAAGAAAGAAGGGAAAACGAGACACAAUGAAUCUAGGCCCGAUGAUGAUGAUGAUGACGAGGAAAGCAUCCAAGAAUUCACACAACCUCAGGAUGUAUCAGAGAGAGCAGAAGAGGUUGACCACGUAGAAAAUGAAGAAUCCUUCACGGCGCCCGUCAGUGACACAAGCGGUGGAAUUGAAUUAGAGCGUGACGUUACACCCGAAGAAGAAAAAAAUGAAAAUAAUCCAGAGUCUGCCACAGUUGAAGGUGAUAGUAGCACUGGAGUGCCUAGUACAGUAACAGCAGAAGAAUGGCCACUUAUCCAGCCUUCACAAGUGCAUGUUGCUGUUCUUCCAGUACAUCAAGCAGAAUCCAGACUAACGCCAAUAGAGCAAAUUAGACGGAAACAUGAAGAAAUCAAACGUGCCUUAAAAGAAAAAGAAAACCUUAUUGCUGAUCUUUUGAGUAUUCCACAACAAGAAUUUCACACCAUUGCCGAUAUGGUUAGCGAAGAAGAUUCAAAUUCGGAUUCUAUUAACUUAACAAUGGCAUCCAUCUAUCAAACAAUUAGAUUACAAGAGAUAAUCAAUGAUACGUUGAAUAUAUCAGAUGCAGGCGAAAUACAGGCUACCGGUGGGCAAAACAUAUCUUGCAGUUCACAAGUAACUGCUAAAAGCAACAAUCCCCCAUCAAUUCCAGUGUCUCAAGUCCAGGAUAUAGUCAAUAGACUCAGCAAACACUUGACUGAACUUUUAGAUAAACAAAAACAAUUGGAAGAUGAAAAAGUUCUGAUGAGAAACGAAUUGUACAAAAUGCGUGAAAAACUUCAUGAACAACUCUCUAUACAUGAUACCUCAGGAUUGUCCUCUGUAAUGUCAGAUGCUAACAUAACACUUGAGAACGAAGAGGAAGUGAGAAUAGAUUCUGAGACGACAGUGGAAAGUUAAUAAUCUGAGAAACUGGGUGUUUGAGUAUAAUUUCAAUUCAAAUAAACCACGGCUGUCACUGAAGAGAAACUUUACACUGGUUCCCAAAGAAAAUAAGAAUUGAAUUGAGAAGAAGAAUAAAUAUGUAUUUAUAUAUUUUUCUAUAGAAUGAAAUUAAUAUCAAAUUCGCCACAAGUGCAAUAUAAAUGAUUCGCUUUUAGUUUAUGUUUUUCAUUAAUAUAAAUCGCUAAAUAACGAAUUUUAAAUUAAAAAAAAUUGUAGUCUUUUAUUGUAUAUAACCUACGUCAGACUCUCAUACUGACAUUGUCUUCAAUGUUCACCAAUACCGAUUGAUUUUAAUUAUUGUCUGGAGAAUAACUUAGGUAUAUAUUUCUAAUUUUAAUUACUUGCUACGAUUAUGCUUUAAAUAUUGUAAAUUAUGCAUUUCAGUAACAUUGAAGUUAUAUUUUGUAAUCUUGUUUGGAAGUGAGGCACAAACAUCCCGAUAAAAUGCUAUUAACUUCCUUUGAAAGUAUUUUUUUUUCAUCAAACUAGAAAUAUAUAAUCAUAAACCUUCAAUCAUUAAUUUUGUAAAUACCAAUAUACAUAUUGAUCGCGUUUUUUUUUUAAUGACCUGAUAUUUUUUUAAAUAAAUUAUUUUGAUGAAAGGUCGGAAAUUUAAUCAUGUACACUUAUUCCUUGUCGAGUCUAGUGUUAGAGGAAAGUCCUUGCUCCUAAGCUUCUCUUACUAAUACUUCAGAAGUCGAUGUGUGCUUUCUUUACGAGCAACAUUUAAUAUUUAUAAUAUUCAUUUAUGGAUUUGAAUAUAAUUAGCGAAUUAUAUGAAUGAAUAACAAUUGGAAUGUAUAAAUUGUUAUAUGUAUUUAUAUGAAAUAACAGUACCUAUUUCAACAAAAUAAAAAUUUCGUUGAUUGAA